UAUGGCCGAGUUAAGGUUUAUCUAACGCUUUUUUUUCGAUAGUGUUCUUUUAUCUAAAAAUAAGCUGCAUUCGAUUAGGUUACUUUUAUUGCUUGUUAUUUAUUUAUCUUUUUUUUAAUCUAUUUUCUGUUUUCAUCAGUUGGUAUGCGAUAACAAACUUUGUAGGUAGGAGCUAAUCUAUUACAGUGUUUGUGGAUGUGUGAAAUGAAAAGUGCGCUUGAUUUCAAUAGUUUUAUGUAGUCCGUGGUGACUAUUUACUAGGUACUUUUUUGCACCCAGCAAAGAUCAGGAAACAUGCAGCAUCAUCGGGUAUGAAGUAAUUAAUAGAGUGUGUCCAGCGAGGAAGCAAGUUUGACGUCAACGGACGCAAGUUGGACGUCAACAGAAGCAUAGAACGUCACCGUGGACGCAAGCUUACCUGGAUUUAUCAAUUGCUAUGUAGUAAACUGUUUUGUGCGCCUUGAAGAUGAAAUGGACACCAGGAGAGUUAUACCGAAAACUAAAAGACCGGUUUAAAGGUAGGAUGAAAAACUGCCAUUGGCCGGAGCUCAGUCUGUAUUGCGGGUGCUGUACGCUCUCCACUGGGAUAUACAUACGAUCCGUGGUUAUUAUUGCAGUGACCAUUGUAAUAAUAGGAAUAAACGCGUGGAUCCUCGAUUUUCUUCUGCACAUACGUCAGCAGGUGUACAACAAUGACAUGUCGGUUAUCGAAGAGAUCUGGGACACCCAAACUAAUUUGCAAACCAUUUACCGCAUAUACAACGCAUUAGUUGUAUACUAUAUUUUAUGGAUAAGCUACAAAGCUGUGUACAUACUGAUUGUUCUUUGGACAAUAUACGCUGUCUAUAGGAAACACACGAAGAUAAUAAAGAUACUGGUGUAUAUUAGCAUCCCAGGUUUGAUUCUAGACCUCAUUAUAUCUGUAGCUGGAUCUUGCGUUCUUGACUUGGAAGUAAAAAUCGUAUUAUUUAUAUGUAUUUUGUCCGAAGGAUAUAACGUCUUAGCAAUGCACAGUCAAUAUAAGAAAAUUACAGGAAAAUCAAGACUAGCUACAGAUAAUGGUAUAUCACAAUCAAAUACACAACAAUAUCCCAACAAUUGUAUAAAUCAAAAUGGAGACUUGAGAUUUAGACCUGGUUACAAUGCGCAUUGUAGAACUUGCACAUGCUAUGAAAUUGUGUAUGAAAAUCCACCAGAGUAUAGCAUAAAUGAAGUAAAUAAUACACAAACACCAGGAAUAGACCACAAUGUUGCUGUUAAUAACAACAACAACAAUAGUCCGAUAACAAUUGUCAAUAACAGACCAACAACUUCACAAGCAAUUCUGGAACUUCCCACAUCUGAUACAGAAGUUUUAACAAUGAACGAUGAAAUUGAAAUGCAAAUAAUAGAAAAUAGAGACUAUACAAAUGACACCGGUUUAAGUUUAAAUGCCAAUACAAGUAACGGCCAUGGAGUUAGACCAACAACGCUAAACAUAGGUCGUAGUAAUAGAGCAAAGGAUACAAAAAUAGAAUUAUCAGAUCAUCCAGUUAUUUAUGAUGAAAGUCAGUUAGAUGUUGGCACAAGUCCUGUUAUAGAAGACAGACUGUUGUGUAAUAAUUGAAGAAAAUAACAAACUAUAUAUAAAUACAGUUUGUAAAAAAAUAUUUUGAAUUUGUCAAAAUACAAAAAGAAAAAUCGAAACUGAAACAGAAAUUAAAAAGCAAUCUUCAGGAAUCAAAGUUUAGAAACCUGCUAACAAUUUGGAAAGUAUUUCAAUAUCAAUUCAUGAAAUUGAUUUCGUUUUAAAUGAAAGUAAAAUUUUGAACUAAUUUUGAUUUGUCAAAAUACAAUUUAAAGUAUGAACUAAACGAGAAUUUAAACAGAGAAAUUCUAAGUUUAAGAAACCAGUUGAAAUUUUAAAACUAGUGAAAGUGUUCUAAUAAAAUAGAAUAAUUAUUAUUUAUUGUAUGAAACCAUUAGCUUAGUUUUAGUGUAAGGAGAUUCAAGAAUGCAAUUAAACGACUAAAAAAAAUAAAACAAUUUAAUUUUACAUAGACGAUUUGAAAACAAACACCUGUUGUUGUUUGGGAAACAAGGAGGAAGGAGUGAAAACAAUGGACAUGGCUAAUUUAUUUAUGUAUAAUUUUAUACUUUGUUUACAUAGUGCACAAUUUAAUAGAUGUGUUUGACCUAUGAUCGAAUAAAUUAUCAAGUAAU